CGUUUGAGCGUCGCGCUCGUGCGCGUUAUUUUACCCUGUGCAGGAGACGACAUGGACCUGAGCUCUCCCGAAUGGCCGCCGAGGGAUUAGUCCCGGGCCUUAUUCUCACUUAGGUUUCGUACAUUUUGAAGAAAAAUCACUCAAAACAACAACAACAGCAAAAUAAAAAAAAACUCGGGUUUUUUUUUUUUUUUUUUUUAAGAGGAGACGAGCUAAAGCGGCUAGCUCGCUCGCUCUCGCGCGCUUGUGCAGCAAUAACAGCGAAUUGACCGUGCGCGCGCACGCCCUCGUUAUACAGUUUUGAAGAAGACACAAUUUGCAAAAUGUCCAAGGCGCUGAAUUCUCCUUCUCACUCUCGGUCCAGAUCGAGGUCCCGGUCUCGCUCGAGGUCGUAUUCUCGAUCUCGUUCCAGCAGCCGCUCACGCUCGAGGUCCAGGAAGCAUCGCUACAGCUCUAGAUCCCGCUCCCGUUCCCAUAGUCGUGACAGAGACAGAGACAGAGACAGAAACUACCCAUCAAGAGAUUUUCAGGGCAACCGGGGUUACAAUCGAGGAUUCCGUGGCUACCGGAGACCCUUCUAUUACAAUCGUGGCCGGGGUCGUGGUUACUACCCACGUGGCUACCACAGAGGAGGCGGCGGCGGUGGUGGUGGAGGGGGCGGUUAUGGUUAUCGCGCCAACAACUGGCACGGCGGCGGGGGCCACCGUGACCAACAGCAAUCCCAUGAGCACCACAGCCCCAAAAGAGGGCGCUCUCACUCCCGCACGCCCCGCAAGCGCUCCAGGAGCCGCAGCCGCUCCCACUAUUCCGGCAAGUCCUCUUCUCGAUCACGUCACUCUAGCUCGUCCUCUCGAUCCCCGUCCCCACGACGACGCACCUCUGGGAAAGCUCCCUCAAAGGAUUCAAAGAGCAAGAGCUCACCAAACGAAGAAAAACGCAACAGCAAGGAAACCGAGCCCAAAUCUUCUGCGGCAGUCACCGAGGAGCUGCCCAGCAAAUGGGAGAGCCUGAGCGACUACACCACUAGUCCUAAAACCUCCAAUCCGGAGCCAACGGCUUCACAGGGGACCCAGCCUGAGAUCAAAGUGUCCCUUCCUGGAGCCGCAGGUAACGGUGCUGCUGUUUGGAGAAGCAUCAGUGGUCCUGAAACCAAGAGUCCUCCAAAGUCAGCAACAUCAGCAUCUGGUUUUGGAUUUUUCUCGAAGGAAGACAUGAAGGCAGGAGAGAAAGCGGCUAUUUCCACAGCGUUUAAAAAGUUUCUGGCAGAGAAGAAAAAGCCCUCAUCCGACUGGGAUGACAAUCAGGGUGAAGAGGCGAACACCAGCGAUGCCGAAAAAGAGAAGAGCAACCGCAAACAAAAAGGCGCUUUCGAACUGGACCCGGUUUACGCCGAGACAAAGGCCGAUAAAGGACUUCCGUUUCUGGACGAGGUGGAAGAGGAGUACUCGAAGAGCCUGAGAGAGAAAAAAAACAUGGAGGAUCCCAAGUACAAGGCUAAACUUGCUCUGUCCGGCAGGGAACUGUUUGAAGAGCGCUUCGGAAAGUGGGACGAUGACUACGCGGCCAACAAAGAUGCGUCGCAAAGGGAUGAGGAAAUGGAGGAGGAGGAACACGUGAUGGAGGAGCUUUACCGUAGCCGUAAACAGGCGGCACGCAAAGAAGAGAAAGCCACAAAGAAGAAGGAGAAGAAGAAGAACCGCGUGAGUCCGGCAUCUCCUUCGCCGUCCAGAAGCACGGAGCGUGGCAAGCCCUUGUUUCCUGCAGCCAGAGAGUCAUCACCUCCCUCCAGACCUUCGAAAAAAAAAGAGCCUGAAUUUAAUUUUAGUUUGAAAACGUUUAACGAUGAGGCAGAGAGCUCCUCCGGUGCUUUAGCCAAAGAAAGACGUUUGUCUCAGGAUCUAAUAUACCCUGUAAAGAAAGAGCACGAGGAGUUCCGCUCCAUUUUCCAGCACAUUCAGGCGGCUCAGCUUCGCCGUAGUCCGUCUGAGCUGUUCGCUCAACACAUAGUCACUAUCGUCCAUCACAUCAAAGCUCAGCACUUUCGCUCGUCCGGGAUGUCUCUGAACGAGCGAUUCGGGAUGUACCAAAGAAAAGCCGCACAGGUGGAAAUGAGGCAGAGGAAGAGUCCUGAAAUCCACAGGAGAAUUGAUGUGUCUCCCAGUGCUUUUAAGAAGCACUUUCGUCUGUUUGAGGAUGUGGAAGAGAGCGAAUACAAGGAUUACGCUAAAAAAUAUGAAGGAGAUUCGAUGGACCUGCGUUUGGAUAUUGAACGACGUAAAAAAUACCCCAAACGCGAAGGGGGCAAGGGCUCAGCGGGGUCUCGCACACCAAGCCGAGAGCUCUCUCCUGACAAAUCCUCCAAACACAAGAAGUCCAAAAAAAGCAAGAAGAAGCGCGAGCGCUCUCCUUCCUCCUCAUCCUCCUCUUCCUCUCGCUCGCCCCACGCGUACCGAUCCAGAGAGUACCACGGCGAGGACAUGGAGAACAUGGAGAAAGGGGGCUUUGAUAAGUCCCGCCUAGGGCCGCGGGAAUACCCCCGCGACUACGAGGGCGGUCCGAUGGAAAGGGGAGGGGGAUACGAGAGAGGAAGAGGAGGUUACGAGCGCGGAGGAGGAUUCGACCGGAUGGGAUACGAUAGAGGACGCGGGGGAUACGACCGGGGAUUUCCUAGAAUGAGAGGCAGGGGCUGGAACAGAGGAAAUUACCCCAACAACAAUAACAACGGGAAUCCUGCUAAUAACAUGGGCGCUCCCCCACACCCCCAGGAUGAGGAGUGGGACCCUGAGUACACCCCAAAAAGCAGGAAGUACUACCAGCACGACGACCGUGACCGCGAGGGAGAGAUGAAGUGGCCGGACGGUCGCGGCCGUGGGCGGGGCAUGUACCCGCGCAACAGGGGCUCCUUCACCCUGCGCAGAGGCGCCAGCACCGGCGGGAGCAGCGCCAGCCCCAAGUGGACCCACGACAUGUUCCAGGGAGCCACGGAGGAGGGCGAGCUCCCUGAUGACGGAUCCGAGCACGGCGGCAAAGACGACGAGAAAGCGCCCGAAAGCUCCGCCUCUAAAGCUUAGACCACACCCACUUGUUUGUGUGUGUUUUAUUUUUAUUUUUUUCAUUAAUUAAUUGAUCACUGCAGUCCCCCAAACACAGGUGUGUGUUAUUCAGACGGAGUGUAUCGCACUGUUUCUGCUGAGUCACUGCUCAGUCUCACUGCUAGAACUAAAUGCUUUCUGGGUACUUUUAUUUUUUUUAUUUUGUCAUUUUAGCUUCUGUUUACGUUAUAAGCCUAACUGGAAUUAAUCCUGCUGUCUGCGUGUAUGUCACUUUUUUUUUUUUUUUUUUUUUGUUAAGUGCAAUGGAGAUGCACACUUGUGCCUUAGAGACGGGAACUGCAGUGAAGUAAGAGAGUGUGUGUGUGUGUGUGUUCCCCCUUCUUUCUGUUUCGUAGCCCCUGUCCUAGUCGUUGGUGUGUUGUACAGAUCUCAGACUUUAUUUUAACCCUGUCUCGUCCAUCCCUGUUGACUUUAAUCACCGAGCUGUUUCCCAACGGAACGGUUCCACUGUGUAUUUUUAAUGACGAUCUGUGAUUAAAAAAAGGCGACAAAACAGGAAAAAGUUUAGUGGGAUUCUUUUUUUUUUUUUUGGG